UCAUUUUGACUCCAGGUUGACGGCCGUCAUGAGCCACGACGAGGACGGCUUCACGCAGGCGCUGGGUGACUCGGUGGACUUGGUGGCGAGCAUGCCGUCGCCGCGGUUCAUCAAGAGCCACCUGACCUGGGACCUGCUGCCCGAGCAGAUGUCUACGGUCAAGCCCAAGGUGGUGUACGUGGCGCGCAACCCCAAGGACAUGUGCGUGUCCUACUACCACUACUGCCAGCUGGUGCACCGCCUCACGGGUGGCUUCGAAGAGUUCGCCGAGCUCUUCAUGCAGGACAAGGCCCCGGUCGGACCCAUCUGGCGCCACAUCCUCAGCUUCUGGGAGAAGCGCGACGAGCCCAACGUGCUCUUCCUCAAGUACGAGGACAUGAAGAGGGAUCUCCCCUCGCAGAUUCGCAGGACCGCCGAGUUCCUGGGCAAGAAGAUCGACGACGAGUCGGUGGAGAAGCUCGUCGACUACCUCAGCUUCGACAAGAUGAAGAAGAACCCGGCCGUCAACCUGGAGGUCGUCAUGGCGCAGAAGUACGGCGAGGAGAGGAUGGCCAACGCCGACGCCAAGUUCAUCCGCAAGGGGCAGGUCGGCGACUACAAGAACCACAUGUCGGACGAGAUGAUCGCCAAGUUCGACGCGUGGACCGAGGAGAACCUGGCCGGCACCGGGCUGUCCUUCGAGUAGUCCCGCCGCGCCCCCACCUCAACCACGCUACCCACCCAUGCAACGCACUGCCAUGCCCUUUACUGUACGGUUAGACUAAUUUAUUAUCGUGUACGUAAGUUAAUUUCCGGGCCGAGGCGCCCCGCGCCGCCCCGCCGCGUCAAGUUACCCUCCGUCCGAGGGGCGCCCCGAGGCCUGGCGCCACACCCCCGCGCCGACUCGCCGGGCGCCCCGACGACAGGCUCGCAGAGCCCCCCUGUAUAUAAGUUGUUUUUUUUAUUUUGUGUUGUUACUGAUUUGUUUUACUGUUGUUUUAGUUUUAGUUGUUGGUUUUUUUUAUUAUUGCUGUUGAGUGUAUGGUUUUGUACGUAAGUUGUAAAGGAAAACUUGUUGACAAAUAAAGAAUGUGCCAAACGA